CAAACAGAUGUUCUCCUUUCUCUUUACUUUGCAUUACUGCACUUGUCUUAACGUAUCCAUAUUUAAUAUUUUAUUACUGCUCUUGUUUUCUUCAGUAAUCUCAAAAUAACCUCCAGCUAUAAAAAUAAGACUUAAGGCAUUCGCGAAUGUUUGAAUGUUUGAUUGACCCGUCCCUCAGGCCUCAGCAUUACUUAGCCAAGUUAAUCUUUGUUAGUCGCUAACCCCUUAACAUCGAUAUAUCAUUGUCCUAUUAGUUCCUUAAUUACUACUGUAAUGUUUUAACUUGAACUUUUUUAAACUCCUAAGAUAUUCUUGCCUUAAAAUACCAAUAGUACCAUACAAAACGCCUUCAACUCUUUGGAACUUGCCAACUUUCCAAAGGCAGGUUGGGUCAGAUGGAAAAAGCUUUCAAAUCUCCAUUUUUGCUCCUCCUUUUCACAAUUUUGCUACAAAUCCACUUCUCUAAUCAGUUGCCACACUCACAAUUACAGGCAUUUCUCACAAUUCAUCAGAUUCUAAACCACCCAUUAACCAUCAACAGCUUAGACCAAAACAUUGAUGUUUGCAGCUUUGAACCAAACCCAUAUCUCACAGUUGCAUGCUAUGAAGAAAACAUUACUCAAAUUCAUACUCAAGGGUUUAAUGGGUUUACUUCAAUUUCAGGUAAUAUUUCCAUGGAAGCUCUCUUUGCUGCUCUUACAGCUUUACCAGCUUUAAAGGUCUUAUCUUUCGUGUCCUUAGGUUUAAGGGGACCCCUCCCUCAAACUAUAGGUAACUUAUCUUCUCUUGAAAUGCUAAAUCUUAGUUCAAAUCAAUUGAAUGGCACUAUUCCUUUCGAAUUGUUGGGUUUAAGAAAUCUUCAAACUGUUGUAUUGGACCAUAAUCAGUUUACAGGUCAAGUACCCUUUUGGAUUGGCUCCUUCUCUGGAUUAACUGUUCUUAGUUUAAAGAAUAAUUCAGUAAAUGGUUCGCUACCGAGUUCGUUAGCAAGGUUGGAGAAUUUGAGGAUUCUUCAACUUUCAAUGAAUAAACUCAAUGGUGAAGUUCCUGAUCUUGGUAAUUUGACUAAUUUGCAAGUUCUUGAUUUGGGGAACAAUUCUUUAGGACCAAAGUUUCCCACUUUGCAUAAUAAAUUGGUGACUUUGGUACUAAGGAGGAAUAGUUUCAGGUUUGGGAUGACAGAUAAUUUGAGCUCCUUUUAUCAACUAAAGAAGCUGGAUGUUUCUAACAAUGAGUUUGUUGAGCUGUUCUUGCCGUCGUUGCUUUCUUUGCCAAUGAUUGGUUAUCUUAAUAUUGCUGGGAAUAAGUUCCAUGGAAUGCUUCUGCACAACAUGACUUGUGGUGUAGACCUCAACUUUGUGGAUUUAUCAUUCAAUUACUUGACUGGUGAUUUGCCUGCUUGUCUGAAAUCAAGAAAUAAAAGUCGAAUUGUCCAUUACCGAGGGAAUUGUUUGUCGAAUGGGAGACAAAGGCAACACCGUUAUGCAUUUUGUCGUAAUGAAGCUCUGGCAGUAAAGAUAUUGCCUCAUAAAACCAAAGACAAUGGGUCUAAAGUUGUGGUAGCCAUGAGCAUAGUAGGAGCAACUUCACUUGCAGGUCUAAUGGUAUUGGGUGUUGGCCUUGUAUUCUCCAAACAUGCCUUUAAGAAACCUCAAACAAGAGUCAUACUAGAGAAGGCAACAAUGAUGUACCCUUCCAAGCUGCUUUUGGACGCGAGGGAAAUCUGUCAAAUGGCCAAGCUUGGGCCCCUUGGUCUUCCUGCUUAUCGCAACUUUCUCUUGGAUGAGAUUAAGGAGGCCACAGCAAACUUUGAUGAGUCACAUUUAAUCACGGAAGGUUCUUAUGGUCCGGUAUACAAGGGAAUACUUGCCAAUGAUAAUCUUGUUUCCAUUCAAUGCUUGAAAGUGAGAAAACGGCGUGGAACACAAGCCUAUACCCAUGACAUAGAGCUAUUGUCGAAACUGAGACAUAUUCAUUUGGUCAGUGCUCUAGGGCAUUGCUUCGAGUAUAAUACAGAAGACUCAACUGUAAGCAGAAUUUAUCUUGUGUUCGAGCUUGUACCGAAUGGGACCUUAAGAGAUUUCAUCUUAGGGCAAAAGCCUAGCUGGGCAAAGAGAAUUGCUGUUGCAGUUGAAGUUGCGAAAGGAAUUCAGUUUCUCCAAACAGGGAUGAUACCUGGUUUAUAUUCAAAUAAUAUCAAGACAACCAAUGUCUUACUGGAUCAUAGCCUUCAUGUGAAACUGAACAGCUAUAAUCUGCCUUUGUUAGCUGAAAACAAAGUCAAUAUUCUACCAUCCUCUGGAGCAAAGGAAAAUGGUAAAGCAAUAGUGAAACAAGACGAAAAGAGUGAUGUCUACGACUUGGGGGUGAUUCUCUUGGAAAUAAUUGCAGGAAGUGAAAUCACAUCAGAUAAUGAUGUAUCCGUAGUAAAAGACUUAUUUGAAGUUGGCAUUAAAGCAGACAAGAUAGCUCGAAAGCAGAUUCUAGAUCCAGCAGUACACAGGGAGUAUCCAGACAACUCGGUGAAAGUAGUAAUGGAACUCUGCGUAAGAUCACUUUCAAACGACCAUAAUGAUAGACCGUCCAUUGAAGAUGUACUCUGGAAUUUGCACUUCGCUGCUCAGAUUCAAGAUUCAUAUCAUGGAGAUGCUUCAAGUGACAGGCCAUCGUCCCCUGUUUUCACUUCCCAGUGAGAUAAUCCAUCAUAAACUUCCAAUAUCAAUUAAUAAUGGUUCUUUCUGACUAAUCUUAUACUGCUUUUCUGUACAUUACUUCAUUUUCUGGUUUUCUCUAAUCAUGUAUAUACUAUUUAGAACAAAAAAUUAUUAAGCUAGCACCUGAAAAUAAUGUUCUUAAAGAUAAUGCCAAUUUUCUGGGUAAUGGGACAUGAUUAUCAUACAAGGGGAUAGUUGAAUGUA